AUGGAAGUUUCUAAAGCUCUGAAAUUGUUUUUAUUUCUUGGAUUUUUCGUACUUCUUCGAAUCUCUUACGCCAAACGAAUUAGUUCAUUCACUUCAAUCAGUUGUUCAGGAUCAAAUAAAACUUUGGUGAUAUCGGAAUGUUAUGUUAAGCCGGUCUCUGAACAUCAAUCAGGAUUCAACAUUGUUCUGGAUUUCCUCACAAAAGUCAAUAAACUUAUGAUCUAUUAUGAAUUCGGUGCUAAAUUAGGAAAGAGCUUCCGAACAAUUGCGAAAGGAGAUGACAUAGAAAUUUGUAGGUUUUAUGAUGGAAUGACUGUUGGUCUCAUGAAAUUUGCAAUGGGUAUGUUAGAAAAAUUUCCAAAAAAGGCACUGGGACCAUGUCCAAUAGAAGGUCAUCGUGAGUUCUUGAACAUCACAAUUGGUAAAACAGAUGCUAAAAAAAACGCUCCCACAGCUAAUUACAGUCUUUUCUUGCGAUUUCAUAAUGGAAAUGAUGAUAAUUUGGCUUCGAUCAAGCUUUCCAUUGAUGCUUUUAAUGUUCAAGAUUAA